CCCGUUCGUGUGCUCCCUUAAACGCAUCAGCUAUACCGUUCUAGGCCGCCGCUGCUCCAGUUGUGUACAACGUCACGAAAAAAAAAAAAAAACAGUCAAACAGAUCACACGCAGGAUCUGCUAGCCGCUGUCCGAACAACAAAGUGUUCUCACUGUUCAUCGGUUGUCGCUCACACUCGCACACAUCUGUCGCACAAUAGAAGAAAGUUAGAACGUCUAUUGCGCCCGUGUGUGUGCAUAAUAUUUUAUUUUAUAUUCUGCACACUAUCGACGACACGGAAACUGCCGAUAUAGAUUUACGCGCCAAGUACAGCAUCGCUCACUCGAGACAAAACAAUUCACGUCUUGAAAAAAGGUUAUCGUUGUUUUCAACUAUGAACUUGGUGUCUCGACGGUACGACUUGCAAAUGUCGCCGUACAGUAAAUCCGACGAUGCAGCCAGCACGGACGAGGAGAUCGUGGACGUGGAAAGGCCGGACACGCCACCGCCGGGAGUUCCGGUGGCCGGGGCGGCCGCUCUGUCCGCAUGGUUGAGUCCGGCUACCUUUUGGCGCGAUCCCGACCAAUGGCGUAGUGUGCUGGUCAACUAUUACCAUAUGAAUCGGGCCGCCGCCCGUUCCCGUGGCCGCGGUGGUGCCGGAAGCGGCGUUGCAGCCCUAACCGGACGUCCGGUCUCGGCCGGUGCCAAGAAGUCGGCCGGAACAGCUUCACAGGCGUCAUCCCGUCCAAAAAAACGCUACAUAUGCACGUACUGCCAACGAGAGUUCAGCAAAUCUUACAACUUGCUAAUCCACGAACGCACGCACACCGACGAGCGGCCAUAUCCCUGUGACGUGUGCGGCAAGGCGUUCAGGAGACAAGAUCACCUCAGAGAUCACAGGUACAUCCACGUCAAAGAGAAACCGUUCAGGUGUCCCGUCUGCGGCAAAGGAUUCUGCCAAUCCAGAACGUUGUCCAGCCACCGGAGCAACAGAAACUCUAUGUGCCUGGACACGACUAUCCUUCAACACAGGGAUACCGUCCGUCGACCCAAAGCGAUCACGGACUUUUCCAUCAACUCCAUUCUGAAUCUGAACUAAAUGGUUUUUUUUUUUCUAUAGUUUAAUAUGACGUACGUUUUGAUCUCAUAAGUGUGUGUGUCGGUUGGUAUAAUAUAUAAUUAUAAUAUUACUAUUGUCGUUGUUAUUAUAGUUUGCCAUUAGAUUUGUCACGCCAAUACUUAUUAUAUAAAUUGCAUUUUUUUUCGGUUGCUCGCGUUGUUUAAAGUAAUUACAAGACGCUAACGGUUAAGUACAAUAAUUGUUAUUAUUAUGUGCAAACAUGAAUUAGAUAAUAAUGUAAUUAUAAUACCUAUUGUAAUUUUUUUUUUUUAAUUCCAACGUAUAUUUUAUACGUUCUUG